CGGCCGGCGCCUGGCGCGGAGCCCUAGGGAGGCAGUUCAGCGCGGCCUUGGGCCUCGUCGAGAAGGAUGUUGUCCCGACAGAAAACCAAAAACGAAGUGUCCAAGCCGGCCGAGGUGCAGGGGAAGUACGUGAAAAAGGAGACGUCGCCUCUGCUUCGGAAUCUUAUGCCUUCAUUCAUCCGGCAUGGUCCAACAAUUCCAAGACGAACUGAUAUCUGUCUUCCAGUUUCAAGCCCUAAUGCCUUUUCAACUUCUGGAGAUGGAGUAGUUUCAAGAAACCAGAGUUUCCUUAGAACUCCAAUUCAAAGAACACCUCAUGAAAUAAUGAGAAGAGAAAGCAACAGAUUAUCUGCACCUUCUUAUCUUGCCAGAAGUCUAGCAGAUGUCCCUAGAGAGUAUGGUUCUUCUCAGUCAUUGGUAACGGAAGUUAGUUUUGCUGUUGAAAAUGGAGACUCUGGUUCCCGAUAUUAUUAUUCAGACAAUUUUUUUAAUGGUCAGAGAAAGCGGCCACUUGGAGAUCGUGCACAUGAAGACUACAGAUAUUAUGAAUACAACCAUGAUCUCUUCCAAAGAAUGCCACAGAAUCAGGGGAGGCAUGCUUCAGAAAUUGUGAGCAUAUCAGCAUCAAGUACCACUGGUGUGGAAAUGCACACUUCAACCUCUUCUUCAGUCACAAAGAGUUACAUCUCAUCACAGACAAAUGAUAAGCACAAAUGGGACACAUAUCCAGCCACUCCUAGAGCUCAUGAAGUUUCAGAAAUUUAUGUUACAACUGUUUACCCUACAGAAGAGGAUGACGGAGAAUGGGUACAACCUGUCCAUCCUUUCUCUGGACCAGGCAUGAGGAUGUGGCCUGCAUGCUGCCUGAUCUUGCCUAGAACCGGCUGCACCUGCUGUUCUCUUGUUUAUGCAAACUGGCUGCACCUGCUAUUCCUUUGCUUAUGCCCCUACCCCUGGCUAUCCUAAUUCCCUGUUCUCCUGCCUCACUAUUACUGUAUUCUCUACUUCUAAAUAAAAAUAAAACAAAAUACAAACCAUUUUCAUGUAUUAUAGUCAUGAUUUGUUAUUUCAAGCUAUGUUUAAAAUGUAAAGCCCAUUACAUUAGGAUAGAUGAGAAGAAAGAAGGGUCUGAACAAAGCCAACAGCGGAGAACACGCAGAAGGGGAAUGAAGACUCCAGCCUGGACUCUCAUUAGGUGGUUGUCCAGGAUAACAUGAAGUCUCAUGUGAAAUAUAUUGGAAAAGAACAAGAUUCAGUCAAGUACCCAAGGUGCCUGACUGCUGAAACGGCACUGUAAUUUAAAAAGCAAAGACAAGUUUAUCACACUGUGAGAUCCUUGAGGGCAAGGACCAAAUUCUAUUCAAAUCUUUGUCAAAAACCAGAUUUUUGAUAGGCUUACUGUAGUAUACAUUGAUCUUAAUUAUAGUUCACCUGCCAGGAGUUAAGGUCCCUCCUCAACAGUAAAGAGAAUGACAGGCACAGGGGUAGGAGCACAUAGAGAAGGGCCUGACUUUCAAAUGAACUCUGGAGAGCACUCAUCACCUCCAGAACACAGCAGAUCUUACUGAGAUGGCUGGGUCAGAAAUCUCUGAGGGACUCCAGGAUGCCCAUGCCUCAGAAAGAACAGGUUAAACCAAAGGACCUGGGGUCCCAAUGUGCAGCACGUUUCCUCUUCGAGUACACACCAGAUACAUUCUGACUGCCUUACCCUUGGAGUGAGAAGGAGGAGUGUCUGAGGUCUCUUUUCUCCCAUCCUAAAAACAGGACGUAGAGCAGGCCAUGGCCAUAUGCUGUAUGCCCCCCCUAAGUGAGCAGUAAGAGAUUGUCACAAAUCUGCUAUGUUCAACAUCCCCAUUUGAAUAAAUGAAUGUUAUUACCUCUCCAGGUGACUGCUUUGAAUGCAUAAAUUCUAAAGUAUUUCAGAAACCUCAGACAUUACAGUCACACCAUGAUAAAAUCUGGUAGGUCUGAUGAUAAGGAAUGGUGUUUGUUGCAUAUUUAAAAGAUUGCAGACACUUCUACAUUAAAGGUUCUUUCUGUGGGUGAGGGGGCUGUGGGAUGGGGGAGAUGCCAGGAUAUGUAUAGAGCUUAAUUUCACUUGGUGGGAUUACAGCUAAUUUUUGUCUUUUUCUUUAUACUUUUUUUCUAGCUUCUUAAUUUUCUGUAACAAAACUGUAUUACAUUUUUGAAGAGACAAUAAUGAAAGCCAUUAACUUUUUCAAAACUAAAUAUAUAUAUACAUAUAUACAUAUAGCAACAAGACAGUUGCUAGCACACAUCUCCCCCUAACAGAUAGAGUUACACUAGUUUACAUGGGGUUUUACUUAUAAUUGACAUAGUUAUCCUAAUCUAUGCAUUCUUUGACUAUGUUGCAUGUCUAAAAUGUUCCAGUGACUGUUCAAUUGUGGAUUACAGAGAACUCUCAUUGUCCAAAUUAGAGGCAGGAAUCUCAGUCCUGUGGGAAGCAUCCAAAAAGUUCUUCAGCACAGAUAGGUUUAGGAAUAAAACUGGAGAUCUUUUGAGUGGUUCUCAUUUUUAUAAGCUUGGUCCUGAACUUAUCUGCCCCUUAGUUAUUUUUAGAAUUGAUCUCAUGCUCAGGUCAAUCAUUUCACAGUGAAGAAUAUACCAUUUCUCAAACUGCCUUCUUUCCAAAUUUUAUGACUAGAGUUCAGCCUGAGUUCCAGAAUCAGGUGAUGAACAUCACUCAAUGGAGCAUAUUAACUAGAAUUGUCUCCAUCUGGGUCUCUUCCAAAUGGUCUUGUCAAAUGCUAUCAGAGCAUCAUAUAUUAGAGAAUAUGUUAUAUCAGCCUCCACUUAAGUUACUCACAGAUUGUCCUUGACCCUUCUCAUGGCUCUUCUCUCUUGUAGGUGGUAUUAUUGGUAACAUAAUUUGCUCUGACAAAAGCAAAUAAAGGAAAUUUUAGACCUUUAUUAUUCAACUGGAUAAAACUGAAGGUUCAGAAGUGAUUUCAAAUAUUGCCAACCAGGUGAAAAUUAUUUCCAUUCUCAGCUGAACGCUAUUACCUUUAAAUCAAAAGUAAUCAGUUUAAUGUAAGUCUUACCUAAGUCUAUUAAACUUUUUCUAGGCCUACCAAAGCAUAAAAAUGCUGAAUAUUUUAAUGUCCUCAGAUUAAAGUAUCCCCAUCUCUGAAUAUUUUGAAAUUUUAAAAAGAAAUCACUAAAAGGUGACCAGCAGCAUUUAUUCUUACUAAAAAGAAUGGAUGAGAUGGCAUGGAAUAUAGUAACACCCCCACAGCUUGUCUCCCUGUCUCUACUCUUGUUUUUUAUAUUCCCUCCUUCACAGAGCAAUUUUUUCAAACUAUCAAUUAGAUCAUGUAUUUCUCCUACUUAAAAUCUCCAGUAGGUUUUUCACUGCACCAGAAUAAAAUCACCACUUGUUAGCAUGCUCUCUGAAGUUCUGACUUGUCCACAUGCUCAGCUCACCUGGCCUGCCCCUCUCAACCUGCUCCCACUCUCUCCUGUCUUUAGGUUGCAACCACUGAACUUUUCCCCAAAACUCCAACAUACUAAGGUUGCUCCUUUCUUAGGAACUUUGUUCUAAUUUUUUCUCCUUUUUUUGCUUCAUAUCUUUCCUUGACUGCCUCCAUAUUAUUCCUGUCUCACACCUUCAAAGAAAAUUCUGAUGACAGUAUUUUUCAUCUGCUUUGUUUACUAUGCAUCCUCAGAGCCCAGAAUAAUGGCUAGAACACAGGAAAACUCAGUAAAAUUUCAUUGAAUGAAAUAGGUCUUCCCUGCCUACCCAAGGCAAAGCAGCUUGUAGUCUUCUUCCUUCCUUCCCAUGAAUUUCUCUUUCAUUUUCUUCCUGUAUUUUUUUCAUAGCACUCAGCUCCCAACACUACCCUCUUUAUGUGUAUAACUGGUUAUUGGCAAGUCUCAAUUCAGUAGGGUAAAAAAAAUUAAUUCUUUAAAUUUGCUUAUACUGCAUGGAAUAUACUUUUCCUAUUUCUUAUUCCUAUUCCCUAGAAACAUCUUGGGGAGAUACGAAACUUUCUGGUCUUUUUUGUUAUUAAAAUUUCAAAACACCAAUCUUAUAUGUAAAUGAAAGCUAUACAGCUACUUUCUUUUUUCUAGGUUUUCAUGCCUCUGGGAUUUGGAUUAGAGAAAGCAAGCAAAGAAAGGACAUUUUUUUACUUCACUGUUCACAGUGUAAUCGUGUGCCUGACGGCUGUAGCUACUAACUUGGCUUACAUUGACUGACCACUAAGGGACUCUAGGAGUCAGAAUCUAAAUGCUGACUCUCUCAAAGGUGUAGAGAGAAUUUCAGAGGGCCUUACCAUGACAUGGGGAUUAAACUCCAGUUCUGCCCAAUUCUCAUCACGAAAUCCUUAUCCCAUGCCUCAUUGUGUUUGGUGUCCCCUUGCCUAGGGGACAGUCCUCCUGGGUAACAUCAGCAAGAUAACACUUCAGUCACAUUCCAUUUGAUCCUUUGAAUACUCUGGGGUCCUUACCCACCAAAUGGAUGGAGUUCAGCUGCUCAAUCACUGCCUUUCUCAGAACUCGGUUGUCCAACCACAAUUCCCUUCCCCUACUCACGUAGGGAUAGGGCUAUAUUGGCAAAAUGCCGCCCGAACAGCCUGCUGACAGUAAACCAAAUAUUAGUUCCUCUCACCUUCUUGAAGGCAUUUACAGUCUUUGUAAGCUUUUCUCCUAAUUUUCCCUUUCCCGUUCCUGCUUAGAUUCUAAGAAUGAAGUGCAUCCUUCUCCUUUUCUUCAUCAGGUGAAGUGGGAUUUACCCAUUACCAUAUAUUCACCACCAGGUCACUGACGAGAGACUCCAGUGAAUCUCUUCCCCUCUGCAUUCCUCUCCUUGUACAGACUAGAGGGUCACAUUGUGUAAAGCCUAACAUAGCCCUGCAAAGAGAUCUGGCCCCCGCAGUGAGCACAAGCUCAGUAAUUCUCUUUAGAGUGAGGUGGUAAUCAGUGCCUCUUGGUUUCAGCUGUGGUCCUAGUGGCUAAUUAUGGAAGGAUAGGAAUAGUCUCACAACAUCUUACCUGUAUAUUAUAUGCCACCCAUAACCAUAAAGACGCCAGGAUUUAGGUUCCUUGAAGGUAAUGACUAUGGGUCCCUCUCUGUGGAAGAAUAGUGAAUAGAAGACAGAAAUCACUCAAUAUGUGGAAUGACUGAUAUGGCUUGGCUGUGUUCCCAUUCAAAUCUCAUCUUGAAUUGUAGUUCCAAUAAUCCCCACAUGUCAUGGGAGGAACCCAGUGGGAGGUACUUGAAUCAUUGCGGUGGUUUCCCCUGUGCUAUUCUCAUGAUAGUGAGUAAAUUCUCACAUAAUCUGAUAGUUUUAUAAAGGAGCUUCCCCCUUUACUCAGCUCUCAUUCUUCUCCUUCCUGCCACUAUGUAAGAAAGAUGUGUUUGUUCCCCUUUGGUCAUGAUUGUAAGUAUCCUAAGACCUUCCAAGCCAUGCAAAACUGUAGAUCAACUAAACCUCUUUCCUUUAUAAAUUACACAGUCUUGGGCAGUUUUUUAUAGCAGCAUGAGAACAGACUAAUACAGUAAGUUGGUACUAGAGGUGGGGUGCUGCAUUAAGGAUACCUAAAAAUGCAGAAGUGACUUUGGAACUGGAUAACAGACAGCCUGUGAAAGCAGCCGAGAGGGGGGUUGUACUAUGCAAAGCCACAGGAGCGGAGCUUCCCAAGACUGUGGGAGCCCACCUCUUGCAUCAGCAUUAACUGGAUGUGAGACAUGGAGUCAAAAGAGAUUAUUAAGGUGCUUUAAGAUUUAAUUACUGCCCCACUGGAUUUCAGACUUGCAUGGGCCUGUAGCCCCUGUUUUUGGCCAAUUGCUCCUAUUUAGAGUGGGUACAUUUACCCAUUGCCUAUACCCUCAUUGUAUCUAGGAAGUAACUAACUUGCUUUUGAUUUUACAGGCUCAUAGGUGGAAGGGACUUGCCUUGUCUCAGAUGAGACUUUGGACUCGGACUUUUGAGUUAAUGCCGGAAUGAGUUUAGACUUUGGGGGACUGUUUGGAAGGCAUGAUUGUGUUUUGAAAUGUGAGGACAUGAGAUUUGGGAGGGGUCAGGGGCAUAGUGAUGUGGUUUGGCUGUGUCCCCACCCAAAUCUCAUCUUGAAUUGUAGUUCCCACAAUCCCCACGUGUUGUGGGAGGAAUGUAGUGGGAGGUAAUUGAAUCAUUGUGGCGGUUUCCCCCAUGCUAUUUUCAUGAUAGUGAGCAAAUUCUCAUGAAAUCUGAUGGUUUUAUAAGGGGCUUCCCCAUUUACUUCUGCCAUCAUGUGAAAAACGAUGUGUUUGCUUCCCCUUCUGCCACGAUUGUAAGUUUCCUGAAACCUCCUCAGCCACGCAGAAUUCUGAGUCAAUUAAACUUCUUUCCUUUAUAAAUUACCCAGUCUCAGGCACUUCUUUAUAGCAGCAUGGGAAUGAACUAAUACAAUGACUGACUGACUGGAAAAAUUCAAACGUUUUCUUAUGACCAAUUCAAUUUGCUAGAGCAAUUAGAAGAUCACACCUCAAAAGUAUUCAGUACAUUCAUACUGUUUUUCAAAACAUUUAACUUGUUCAAAACUCAUUCCACCUUCUGACCAAUAAACAUCUAUUCAACUUCUUAUGCACAUGCAUUUCAAAUUGCAUCAUUUUCAACCUCACUACUUUUAAAAUGUAAAUUAAAACAACAGAAAAUUUAUUCAUUAUCUAUGAAACCUACUAAGUGGUAUUUCUAAGAUAAUAUCCAAUGUGCUAAGGCUGCAGUAAAUUCUUAUUGUUGUUAUGGUAAUGUAACUUGGUGCAAUCUUUUAGAAGGAAAUUUGCAUAUAUAUUCCAGCACCUCCAAGAUACUCAUAGGAACUAAAAUUCUAACAAAUAUUAAAAGCGUAGCAGGCAGACAUAUGUUGUUACAUACCGAUUGCUUCUUCCUAUAUCACACACUCCCACACACACUCAUCUGAACUUCUUUAUUGUAUAAGACUGAUACAUUUUUCCCUAUUACUUAUACCAGCAACUACAAGAAAAUUGAA